ACCAGGGUUAGUUUGCUUAACCCGGAUCUACGCGCUGAGUUAAAGAUGGUGCCGAGGGGGGAAAGAGACCGCUGUGAGAAGAGAGAGAAGGCGAAGAAUAGUUACAGAUUCAGAGAGCAAGACGAAAGAAGAAGGACGGCGACGCAGGAAAACUCGCGAGGGUUUUUGUGAGUCGACUCGGACGAUUCUCUCCCCUUCCGCCCCCAAGCCUUUCGCCUCUCGCGCCGUCCGUUAAGCCUCCGUGAUUCUCAGUCAAAUUUCAAGGAGGCGCGCGCGCUAAGGAUUUCGUCUCGUUGUUUUGACGGCCGUGCUCGCUUCGGUUGAUGGCUCUUCCAGAUCUUGUAUUCUGAUUCUUUACUUUUUUUAGGAGGACGACAUUGAAUUUUCACUGAAUGUAGCAUUGAGCUCCAGUGUAGAUUCUUCGGCCUCCUGUUCGUUCCUCAAGGUCUUUUUGCUCACGGAAUCUUGGUGGGUUCUGGAAGUCCUUAUCUUAUGAUCGUCUUGGAAUCGAGUUUUCUAUUCAUUCUGUCAUCAGCCGCUUUGGAGCUCGGCAACGUUUUGGCUCUCUUCUACCGCCGCCUCUCUUGCCGGCCUCCUAAACUGUCACUUCCGUCUGCGUAAUGUCUCGUAAGCUGGACAGCCCUGUACAGACCCAGAUGCCAGCGGCACUAUUUAGCAAUCCGCUCAGUGGGGAGUACCAUGGAAGCAAGAGAACGGAAGGGAAGCAGCACACUGGUAGGAGGCGAGUUUUUGUGCAAACUGAAAGUGGAUGUGUCUUGGGGAUGGAUUUGGAUCGCAGCGAUAGUGUCCAUACUGUGAAGAGAAGAUUGCAGAUUGCUCUCAAUGUUCCAACUGAUGAAAGCUCGUUGACUUUUGGGGAUGUGGUGUUGAAGAAUGAUCUGAGUGCGGUUAGGAAUGAUUCCCCUCUUCUUCUCACCAGGAACCUUAUGCAUAGAAGUUCAUCAACUCCAUGUCUCUCACCUACUGGAAGGGAUCUGCAGCAGAGAGAUCGGAGUGGUCCUAUAGAGACAUUAGGGAACUCAGAUCGGUUUGCUAGGACAAAACAAGUGGUCAAGGAUAUGGUGAAGGCCAUCAAGAUGGGGGUUGAUCCAAUUCCUGUUCAUAGCGGGCUUGGAGGUGCAUACUAUUUCAGGAACAGCAGAGGUGAGUGUGUUUCGAUAGUGAAGCCAACUGAUGAAGAACCUUUUGCGCCUAACAACCCAAAAGGUUUUGUCGGUAAAGCUCUUGGGCAACCAGGUUUGAAGCGCUCGGUGCGAGUUGGGGAGACUGGAUUCAGAGAAGUCGCAGCUUUCCUGCUUGACAAAGAUCACUUUGCCAAUGUGCCUCCCACUGCCUUGGUCAAGAUCACUCACUCUAUCUUUAACAUAAACGAUGGGGUGAACGGGAAUAAGACUCCUCAGAAGAAGCUGGUUAGCAAGAUUGCAUCUUGCCAGCAAUUCAUCCAACAUGACUUUGAUGCGAGUGAUCACGGGACAUCCAGCUUCCCCGUAACUUCUGUGCAUCGUAUAGGGAUAUUAGACAUUAGGAUUUUUAACACAGACAGGCAUGCAGGGAACCUUUUAGUUAGGAAACUGGAUGGUGUCGGGAUGUUUGGUCAAGUGGAGCUCAUUCCAAUUGACCAUGGCCUUUGUUUGCCAGAAACUUUGGAGGACCCCUACUUUGAGUGGAUUCAUUGGCCUCAGGCUUCCAUUCCAUUCACAGAUGACGAGCUUGAGUACAUAGAAAAACUUGAUCCACUUGAGGAUUGUGAGAUGUUGCGCAGGGAGCUUCCCAUGAUGCGAGAGGCUUGUCUCAGGGUUUUGGUUCUUUGCACCAUUUUCCUGAAGGAGUCUGCUGCAUAUGGUCUCUGUCUUGCUGAAAUAGGUGAGAUGAUGACUAGGGAAUUUCGCAGUGGCGAGGAGGAACCUAGUGAACUUGAGAUAAUUUGUAUGGAGGCGAGGAGGAUGUUGGCAGAGAGGGAGGAGGUGCUGUCUCCCAAGGCUGAUUCGGGAGAUCAGGAGUUCCUGUUUGACAUAGACUGUGAGGACGCGGAGGAAGACUACACCUCCAAAUUUGCAGCAGAUGAUUAUCUGAACAGGUCAUCAUCCUUUCCAUUUGCAAAUGGGAGUGGGCAUGGCCGCUCGCUUCUCUCUAAACUUGAAGAAAGCAUCGAGGAGGAAGAGGACAGUGAAGUGGAAGAACAAGAGGCAUUGGCAUAUAUGCCAACUCCAGAAAAGGUCCCAAGCGUUUCAAAACUUUCUAUGUCGCUGAAGAAUACAGUUUUGGGAGAGAAGAGCCACCUGAAGUAUAAGGGUUCCAAACCAGAAAAUGGGUACAUGGCGAAUACAUCAUUGGGGCACAGGAGUGCAAACGAGCAGCUUCCUGCAAGCAUGAGCUUUGUGAAGCUGGCUGACAUGAGCGAGGAUGAGUGGACCUUGUUUCUGGAGAAGUUUCAAGAUCUGCUGUACCCGGCAUUUGCCAAACGCAAAUCUGUUACCCUAGGUCAGAGGCAGAGACAGAGGCUCGGCACUUCGUGCCAGUUUUGAGACUGAGGCAGCAACGCUCGCUGCGUGGUGUGUUAGACGUGACUGAAGACCUAUAAGAUUAGUAGGGUUUGUGGUGGGAGUGCGAGGAUUUGUUCCCUUCGUUAAGAUUAGAUUUGGGUUUACGGGUUUUCCCAUAUCGGAAGGCGUUUGUAGUGACGAGUGAGUGUAGGAGGAAACCUGCCGCCGUAAAUAUUCUUGGCAAUCAGCUGAGCGAGAGGAGCUGAGAGUAGAAUUGGUUGUGUUUCUUUGUCUUUUGGCUUUUGAUUUUUUGAUUUCGUUUUCUUUAACUCCUUGAUGACGUUGUUGGAUAAAUAAUUUGUAGAAUGAAAUCAAGAAAAAGAGGGAUCAUGUAAAUUGUGGCUUUGUUUCAAGCUACGUGUAUUUUCAUUUGCCUUUUAUGUAUUUAGAAAGGUUUCCUUUUUAUAUGAUUUCGGUCUGAUAAAAGCAUCUGAAUUCUGAA